CCCUAGCUACUUGAUGCAUGCAUGGCUCCUACCGCUUGCUUUUGCUUGUGCAUCGGCCUCCUCCUGUGGCAAAGCUCUCGCCAGCUUGGAGCAGCUGCUGCUGCUUCCAGCUCCGGCUCCGGCUCCGGCGGCUGUGAGUUCGCGUUCGACAUGCUGCACCCGCUCGAUCCGAUUCGGAAGAUAAGAUCGGAAGCGGGGACCGUCGACUACUUCGACGAGGCGAACCAGCAGCUCCUCUGUGCGGGUGCCUUUUUCAUUCCCGUUGUCAUUGACUACCGGGGCCUUGUGCUACCUCGCUAUGCCAACGGUGGUGUCCUAGCCCUUGCCCAGCAAGGUACAGGAAUUGUGGGAUGGACUUUCCCUGGAUGCCCCGAAGCGUACCAGAAGUUCAGACAAGGCGAUGUCAUUGCACUAAGGCCUGGUGUUCCGCACUGGUUUUACAAUGACGGCGGCAAUAAUGAACCACUCGAGUUGAUCAUGUUUUACGACAUAAACACCAACUCUAACCAGCUUCAACCACAGCACAAGGAUUUCACUUUCGCUGGUUCCAACAGCAACCGAAGCAGGAACAUCUUCAAAGGACUCACCACCAAGUCCAUAAGCCAGUCCCUUGAGAUCAACCAGGACCUGGCAACAAGACUGCAGGGUCCAAGUAAUGACACUAGAGGCACCAUAGUUCGCGUGCCGAAUGGCCUCCGUCUACGUCUAGCGGCGCAGCUGAAUCUGAACACCACGACCGCGACGCAGUUACAAGAUGAAGAGCAUGAAACAGGGCAGGCGCAGCCGGGACGACAAAGCAAGACCCUUCUGCCGGACAACAGGUACCUGAAUUGCUUGAUGAAGGUGAUAAUGAACUUGGAAGACCCUCAUUCCCGGAGGAUCACACGUCUGACCGGCGACAGCUUUCCCAUCCUCAACUCCCUGGGAUUGAGCGUUGAGAGAGGGACUCUAAAACCGAACGAAAUUGUUUCACCAUACUACACCAUCAACGCCCAAACCGUGGUGUACGUGACCGGAGGAAGCGCCCGGCUGCAGGUUGUUGACAACCGUGGGGUGGCAGUGCUGAACGAUGCGCUUCGCCAGGGGCAGCUGCUGGUCAUACCGCAGUAUUACGUCGUCCUAAUAGAAGCAGGUCAGGAUGCUGGGUUCGAAUACGUCGCGUUCAAGACCAACGCGAACCCUCUGAUCAGCCGCAUCGCAGGGCCCGGAUCCGUCCUACGUGGCUUGCCAGUUGGUGUCAUCGCUGCUUCUUAUAAUUUCUCGACGGCGGACGCGAUAAAGAUUAAGAAUAGUCGGGGCAACGACGAACGAGCUGUAUGAAUUGAAACUCUCUGGUGAUUGUCGCUAUGGAUUAUUAAGGCAACGGGCGACGACGAGAUGCAUGUAUUGCCAUGAGUACCGGCUGCUAAAGUAAAUAAAGCAUGGCAUGUGUGUAGCUCCGUGAUAACCGUCCACAAUGUAAUGCAUACUAUAUGUCUACAUAACGGUUAAAAAAAUUAAAGUUUACCUCA